AUGGACAACGCAUGGGAGAACUUCCUGGAGGCCAUCGCCGCCUUAAUGUCCAAGGCCCUGACGGACAAGGAGACCGAAAACGUCAUUUCUGGCUUCAGCAACUUUCAACAGCGACUCCAACGUCUCAGCAGUCAUAACUUGCAGCGAUUGAACCUCGAGAUCACGCAGAGCACAAAGAAGUCCAAAAAGUGCAAGCACGACGGCAAAACAUGUACCCAGAACGUCACCAGAGGCUUCCUCAAGACCUGGGUCGUCGCCUACCUCAUUAAAUAUGCCAUUGGAGUCCUACCAUCACUCCUGAAGGGCAAGGUCUUUAAAAAUCCAAGCAUCUUGAAGAAGAGUGGUGGAAGCGAUACUGUGGGAUUCGCAUUCUUCUUGUCGUCGUUCUUGUCGGCAUACAAGUUGGUCCUAUGUGCUAUGCGCAAGAUCCGACCAAACCAUGAAGGAGAUCGCCUGAACGCCUUUGUUGCUGGAUCGGUUGCAGGAUUGACGUUGGCCCUGGACAAGAACAAGAGCCGCAGGACCGCUCUGACGCUCUAUCUCUUCACCCGAUCGAUUCAGUUCGGCUCGAGCUAUGCGAUGAAACAAUGGGCCGAGCACCGACAGGCCAAGAAAGCCUCCAACCGCCAAUUGGUUCGCGACAACGACAAAUCGAUCGACAGCCAGGCAUUGGUGACCAAGAACAGAUGGGAUGACAUCUUGGCCAAGAUCAUGACCUCCUCGGCAGCAACAGCGGUCAUGUCAUUGACGGCAGCGGUCAAUAUCUAUUCGUGUGUCAUUGAGCCGGACGCAAUGCCACGAUCCUACUACAACUUCAUCAUGCAGCACUCGGGGUUGCCUCAAAAGUUUGGACCCAUGUUCCCACCAUUGGUCGAGACCUUCCAGUCCCAGUUCAACAUGCUCAAGGAUGGACCCGGAGGAUUUGAUAACAUUGGUAUCCCUGAGGGCGUGACCUCGCACGACUUCAUCGCCAAGAACAUCUCGCCCAACAUUGCGACUUUGUUCCCUCCCGGCAUUCACCACGACUACCAGUGCUGUGCUCUCCUCCACCCAUUGUACGGAUGCAAGCGCCAUGCUGUUGACACCUUUACUGGAGAGUUUGGACGUGCCCUCAAGAUGUACGGAACUCUUAACGCCAUCGUGAUGGUUGCCUUCCAGCAUAAGAAGCUUGCCAGCGACCCUGUCAAGUCUGCCAAGCACUACGUCAAGUCGACUAUUCGCUCAUGCUUCUUCUUGGCCUUCUACGUCCUCGCUUGCUUUUACAUUCCUUGCCUGUCGCGAAGACUUCUCGGCCGCGAAUCUAACCUCAACUACAUCUUCAACGGACUGAUCGCAGGAACAGCAGUGUUGAUCGAAGCACCCGGUCGUCAGAUGGAGUUGGCACUCUACUGCCUCCCUCGCGCUCUCGAGACCAGCUGGAAGCUGUUGAUGAAGCGUGGGCUUGUCAGGAACAUCAAGAACGGCGAUAUUGCAUUGUUUAGUGCCUCGAUGGGUGUCUUGAUGACUCUCUACCAGAACGAGCCCUCUGUCAUCAAUAAGCAUUACCUUACUGUCCUCACCCGCGUCUUUGGACGCAAUUAG